CCGCUUUUGCCUAUUCUCGCGACAUUUGGAUUUUCUUCCUCUCAUCCGGCCUAGGCGGAUUCAGCCCAUCCCUCUACCUGGCUAUGGCCGAUCCAAAGUAUGCGGACCUGCCUGGCAUUGCCAGGAAUGAGCCUGAUGUUUAUGAAACAAGUGAUCUUCCCGAAGAUGAUCAGGCUGAAUUUGAUGCGGAGGAACUUACUAGCACCAGUGUGGAACACAUCAUAGUCAACCCCAAUGCGGCCUAUGACAAAUUCAAGGACAAGAGAGUGGGCACCAAAGGACUAGACUUCUCCGAUCGAAUCGGCAAAACCAAAAGAACUGGCUAUGAGUCUGGAGAUUAUGAAAUUUUAGGGGAAGGACUUGGUGUAAAAGAGACUCCCCAGCAGAAAUACCAGCGGUUGCUGCAUGAAAUUCAGGAGCUGACUACAGAAGUGGAGAAGAUCAAGAGCACUGUGAAGGAGUCCACGGCAGAGGAGAAGCUGACAUCUGUUGCCCUGGCUAAGCAGGUUGCUGGCCUGAAGCAGCAACUGGUUUCCACCCAUCUGGAGAAAUUGCUGGGGCCAGAUGCAGCCAUCAACCUAACAGAUCCUGAUGGUGCUCUGGCCAAGCGUUUACUCAUUCAACUGGAAGCUGCCAAGAGCGUGAAAGCCACUCCUGCCGGUGGGAAGAGCCCUGCGAAAGCCCCAGCUGCUACAGGGAACACAGUAACUUAUGAGCUGCACUCUCGACCUGAGCAGGACAAAUUCUCUCAGGCUGCCAAGAUUGCAGAACUGGAGAAGCGCUUGGCUGAGCUGGAAGCCACAAUUCGCUGUGAGCAGGAUGCCCAGAAUCCUCUGGCUAUAGGACUGCAGGGAUCCAGUCUCAUGGAAACCGUAGAAAUCUUGCAGGCCAAAGUUAGUUCCUUAGACAUGGCGUCCUUGGACCAGGUGGAGGCCAGGCUACAGAGCGUCUUGGGCAAAGUGAAUGAGAUCGCCAAGCACAAAGCAGCCGUGGAGGAUGCGGACACCCAAAGCAAGGUGCAUCAGCUCUAUGAGAUGGUGCAGCGCUGGAGCCCUCUGGCCAGCACCCUCCCUGAGGUGGUGCAGCGCCUGGUCACGGUGCGGCAGUUGCAUGAACAAGCCAUGCAGUUUGGGCAGCUCCUGACUCAUUUGGACACCACCCAACAGAUGAUUGCUAAUUCCCUGAAGGACAAUGCUACUCUGCUAACACAGGUUCAGAAGACCAUGAAGGAGAACCUGGCUGCCGUGGAGGACAACUUUUCCAGCAUUGCUGCACGGGUGCAGAAGCUUGCCAAGUGAAUCUCCUUCUCUCAGUCUACAAAGGCAGGGCAGAGAGGUUUUGCCCACUGUCCAAACACUCACUAACCGCUCCGUCCCUUCCCUACCUCUGCACCUUUUCUUGCGCGCUCUUAGCGGGAGUUCAGCCUUCAACCUGGCUGGUGAACAGAGUGCUUGUCCGCUCUGAGGGCAGGCGCCACCCCUCCCUAACCUCUGCCAAUGUUUUGUUGCCCCCUGGAGAUGCUGUUUGAAGGGGACAACCCUGCAUUCCAAACGAGAGGGAGGGGCUGGGGGAAGGAGCCAUCCCUUGCAUAUCUACCUGAGGAGGUGCAUCAGCUGCUUGGCCCCAAACAAGGAGCCUUUUACUCAGAAAGGUGUCUGACCCCUUGACCUGGCAUGGAGGUGGAUUGUAUUGUAUAAUUAUAUACUGUCAUUAAACACUUGUGCUUA